GAUGAGAGAGCUACGGUCUGUCAACAAUCGAUUCUGCCUUUUCCAUCUUGCAAAUCACUACCCGUCACAACUUCUUGUCUACUAAACUCCAGACCAAUCCAAAUGUUGUCAACAAAGAAGUUUGUCAGCCUUGCUUCCGCUUUGAGUUCUUUGUUUGUCGUGGCCAGUGCUUGGGGAAUCGAAGAGGGUGCAACAUGUGAGCAUGAUACCUGGACCGGUGAUGCCCUGAUAGGCAUCCGAAAUGAGAAUUGUGCAUGGAGAAAUGGUAUCUACACGUUAGUCAAUUCAGAGAGGCUCCUAUAUCUCCAAGGAUCUGAAGGAGGUGGAUCCCGUGACUUCCUCAUCCCCCUUCCAAGAAGCCGACCUUAUGAGAAAUUUUAUCAAGGUGAAAUGUCAAACAACUACGCAGCAUUUGACCAUGGUUGCAAUUUCUCCGGUGUAGUGUACUUGCAUUACCUUCAAGGUAAAUUGGGACCGGAAGUGAAGGAUUGGCAAGUCGAGAACUGCGAAAGGGGAUAUAAUACUAAGGAAUUCGAAAGAUUGUCCCCAUGGUCUUAA